UUGGCCGCGGUCGCAUCUUUCAGCUGAGACACGUGAGGGAGGAGAGGCGUACAAGACAAGAGCGGUCAGGUAGAGCGCGCACACGUAUGUUAAGGCCGUGUAGCCGGUUAUUAUGUAGCCGAUAUGGCUCCAAGGCAAUUAAUACUAUUGUUAUGAUUCAAACGAAUACGUCAUGUGUGCCUGAACGACGAUGCAACAGCGCGGUUCGGUCAGUAUUCGGCUACAGAGACUGGCGGUUGCUCGCUCCUGGCCUGGCCCGCUCCACCAAACGUGCACCAUUCCACUCGCGCUUAAAUGACUUUCUAAGUAAUGUCCUGAGACGUGCGCGCUCGGCGCCCGGGACGGAUGUAAUUAACUGCUCAGUGUUGUGAAGGUACAUAAUAUGACAUCAAUGAGCGGUAAGUUUACGGUCCAUUCGCGUAAUUGGUCAGGAAGGGGCUCAAUUCGACAGUGAUCAAGCAGGAGUCAUGGAAUGUAGUGGAAGAACUGAAACAUACGAUAAUCGCGCGGUGAUUGUGUAAACGUAUGCACACUACAGUGAGUCAAUCCAUUGGAAAGGAAACAAUGAUAACGUCGGAUGUUCGUGAAAACCGUGGAAGGAUUCUUUGACUUGGUUUCGUGACGGAAGGUGCAUCGAUGAGGUGAUAGUGAACGGUCACCUCUGUAACAGAUGUUGCGAAGAGAUAUUGGCAAAACGAUUAGGGAAAUAUAAACGAGCAAUUAUGUCGAAUAAUAAUCUCACCGAGAAGGAGUCUUCGAACAGGAACAAUAAUCCAAUCCAGGAUGGGAAAGCAACGAACGACAAGUAUGGGAAGAGUAACGUAAUCCCUACGCACAAAAACAACGAAGAAAUAGCGAAAAAGUCAAGUAAAGCGACUCAAAUUGAUUUUAUUCAAUUGUCUUACAGUAUGCAGAGAACUAGACCGACUUCUCUGGCUUAUUUGCCGAGACAAACGCAAAUGAGCGAGUCCAGUUAUUCCUGUUAUAAUUCCAAGAGCUCCUUAUACCCGGCUCAGAGCGAAUUGGUCCUAUCGCCAAGGAACAGGCACAGUCGUUAUGUAGCUUUAGAUAUGAGAUCAAUGGGCAGCCUUCCACUUUCAAACAGUCAUACUUCUGUAAAUAAUAUGCCGUAUACAUGCUGUUGUACAUGUGCUGGAUCACCGGUCCCUCCAACACCUCCCUCUCAACACGCGGAGGAGCAAGAUGGUCCCGAAGGUCUUUCGUGGAGAAGACUACACAUGAGCAGAGCCAAGUUAAAAGCAACUGCAACAACUUCGGAACUCUUGAGCGGUUUCGCCAUGGUAGCCAUGGUUGAGCUGCAAAUAAAUGAGCCAACCGCGGUGCCAGAAUGGCUGUUUGUGAUGUUCGCUGUUUGCACAACCGUCCUAGUAUCAGUACACAUCUUUGCUUUAAUGAUAAGCACGUAUUUAUUACCCAAUAUUGAGGCCGUCAGUAAACUUCACAUAUCUCGACUUGUCACGGAAUCUCCUCAUGAAAGAAUGCGUGGCUUCAUCGAGCUGGCUUGGGCAUUUUCCACGGUGUUAGGAUUAUUUUUAUUCCUAGUGGAGGUAGCCAUACUGUGUUGGGUGAAAUUCUGGGAUUACUCAUUCACCGCUGCCACUGCCAGUACCAUUAUAGUUAUUCCGGUUCUCAUAGUGUUCAUUGCCUUCGCCGUUCACUUUUACCAUUCAUUAGUGGUAUAUAAAUGCGAGUCCUCGGUGACUGAUAUGAACGAGUUGGAGAGCAUCAAGAGAAACUUAGAUAAUGUGACGAUGGGGCAAAGCAGCGUGUGAUCCUAUAAAGAUUGCCAUGUUCAUCAACUGCUCUAGCCUUGUCUCCUAAAAUAUGUCCCAGACUGUAUAUUAUUUAUCUGCGUUUCACUUUGAGGUAUUAAUAUUACUUAAAAUUAUACACGUUAUUACGGCAUACGUUAAAAAUGAUGGAAA